AUGGCGCUGCUCUCCCCAACAGGGCUCCUCUAUGCCCUUUCGGCGCUGGUGAUCUACUACAUUGCCUCGUCCUACCUUGCUCACCGCCGCCUCCAGCGAUUCGCCAGAGCCAAUGACGCGACGUUUCCCAAGUAUGUCCCGACAAAGCUGCCAUUCGGGGUGGAUUUCGUCUGGCGCGCUCUCUCCAUUACUCGCAAUGGCGGCGACAUCCUUGACGAUGUCAUCGGCCCCAACUACGCGGCCAAUGGCAUCACGUUCUCGAUGCCAGGCUUCUUCGGCCCCACCGAAGUGUACACCAUCGACCCGGCCAACAUCCAGGCCGUGCUAGCGAACAAGUUCAAGGACUUCGACCUCGGCGAGAGGAGGAUCAAGCAGUUCAAGCCGCUGUUGGGGAACAGCAUCUUCACUGCGGAUGGUGCGUUUUGGGAACACUCGCGCGCGCUAUUCCGGCCGCAGUUCUCGCGGGACCAGAUCAACGACCUCGAAAAGACAGAGGUCGCAGUCCAGGCGCUGUUCAAGGCGCUGCCGUUGGUUGGCACCGAGAGCGCUGGCGCGGUGACGGUGGACAUCAUGCCCAUGCUCUUCCGCUUCACCCUUGACACGGCCACCGGUUUCCUCUUUGGCGAGAGUGUCGAGUCGCAGAUGGCCGCCGCCACGGGGAUAUCAUCGACGACGAGCGCCGCGACGGCGAUGGCGGCCGAUCAGAGCGGCAACGACAUGACUUUUGCCGAGGCGUUCCACGAGGCGCAGUCGUGGAUCACCAUGCGUGUGCGGCUGCAGGGCCUGUACUGGCUCACGCCCAAUGGAACGGGGAAGAAGGCGUCGGAUUAUCUGAGGAAGUAUACUGACCACUAUGUCCGCAUGGCGCUCAGCUCGGCGAAGCCCCAAGCCAAGGAAGAGGGGUAUAGUCUGCUGGACACGCUCGCGGAGCAGACGCGGGACGAGAACGAGUUGAGGGAUCAGAUCCUGGGGCUGUUGAUCGCGGGACGAGACACGACGGCCACGUUGCUGUCCUGGGUGCUGUUGCUCCUGGCGCAGCACCCGGCAGUGUUCGAGAGGCUCCGCGCGGAAGUCGUCCGGGACUUUGGGGAGUACACCGAAAGCCCUUCCAACAUUGACUUCAGCACGCUCAAGUCGUCCAAGUACCUGCAGUUCGUCCUCCGGGAGACUCUGCGGGUGUAUAAUGUUGUGCCGCUCAACCUCCGCGUCGCGGCCCGGGACACGGUGCUCCCCCGAGGCGGCGGCGCCAACGGACUCCUGCCCAUCGUGGUGCGCAAGGGCCAGACGGUCAACUUCUCGCCGUACCUGCUGCACCGCCGGGAGGACGUCUGGGGGGCGGCCAUGGAGUUCAAGCCCGAGCGGUGGGAAGGGGUGAGGCUGGACUGGAACUACGUUCCGUUCAGCGGCGGGCCGCGGAUCUGUCUUGGACAACAAUUCGCGCUCACCGAGGCCGGAUAUCUCCUCGUGAGGCUGUUGCAGAGAUUCAAGGGCAUGGAGUGGCAGGGGCCACAGGGGAAGCCGAGAAAAGACAUUCAUUUCACCAUGGCGCCGAGGGAUGGUGUUAACGUUAGACUUCAGUACGCUUAG